AUCGAAGCCCUCAUCGCCCACGUAGAACAGCACGGUUACGUAAUCAUCCCCGCCGCCUUUUCCGCCCCGGAAGCAGACGAAGCCCACGCCGAGAUCGUCUGCCUCACAUCCUCGCCCGAAACAGCCGGGCCAGCGGGAGGAUUCACCACCCAUACUAAUGAAGAAAUCCGUGGCGGCAGAAACAGCUUCGAAGGCUUCAAAACACACCGCAUCUACGCGCUCCUCAACAAGUCCCCCGUCUUCCAAAAAUUCCCCACACACCCGGCCCUCCUCGCGCUCAACAACCACUUCCUCGACCCGGGCUUCCUCCUCAACGCCUUCCACAGCGUCUACAUCCAGUCCGGCGAGGUCCCGCAGGCGCUGCACCACGACGACGGCUACGUCGGGGUGCCGAGGCCCCAUCGGCCCUUUGGGACGGGCGUAAUGGUCGCCCUCGACGACUUCACCCCCACAAACGGCGCGACCAUCAUCAUCCCAGACUCCCACACCUGGGGCCCCGACACCGCCCACCUGCCCCAGCGCAAAGACGCCAUCCCCGUCGUCAUGGACAAGGGCAGCGUCGUCUUUUUCCUUGGCACCCUCUGGCACGGCGGCGGGGAAAACAACUCGCCCGGCCCCAGGAGGGCGCUGACGAUCCAGUACUGCCAGCCCUGGAUGCGGCCCCUCGAGAACCAGAUCCUCGCCGUCGAGUGGGACAAGCUGGCCGGGAUGCCGAGGCGGCUGGUGGACCUGCUCGGGUACGAGCCCAGGGCCCCCUUUGUAGGGUACGCGGAUGGGGUUCAUCCGUGGAAGGUUGUCCAGAGGAGGCUGAGGGAG